AUGAAUCCUGGAUUCGAACUUUCUUCGGUUACGGCAAAAGAUGCAAAUAUUGACAAGAAAGGCGCAUUAGAGCCAGAAAUCAUUGCCGUGCAUACACCGGAUGGCGCCAGCGAUGACUACAACAAGUCUGACGACCCGGAACAUAUCAUAGUCUCGGGAGCAGAUGCAGCCAUACAUCUACUCCCUCUACGAGACGAUGGUGAUCCGUCAGUGACAUUCCGUGGCAUCUUCCUAGCGUCAUGUCUAUCGGCUUUCCAAGCCGUGAUGAACCAAAUCUAUACAUUCAAACCAACCUCAAUCACCAUCCAAGGCACUUUCAUCGUCCUCAUCGCUUACUUCAUUGGUAAUGCCUGGGCAAAUCUUCUUCCCCGAGGAGAUCGUCAUCUGGCACAAUGGAGAUCGAAGAAUGGCAAUGGCAAGCCACCAGCCUGGAUUUCAUUCCUCGUCUUCGUCAAUUCUGGGCCAUUUGGGCUUAAGGAGCAUGCAAUUUCGUUUAUUACCGCUACUUCGGCCUCCAAUGCUGCUGCGGUGUCGAUGGUCUUCGCAGCGCAGGAAUUGUUCUACGAUCUGCCUAUCAGUCCUGCAACCGUUAUCUUGAUCAUGGUCUCUAUCGGCUUGUUCGGCUAUGGUUUGUGUGGCCUGCUACGACCUAUCGCUGUCUGGCACGUCGAAGCUGUUUAUUGGAGCACUCUACCGACUGUUAAAACACUCCAAGGCUUGCACUGGCAGGAAGUGAAGAACUCGAAGCCCCUGCGCUACUUUUGGUAUGCUUUCGUUGGCAUGUUCUGCUACGAGUUUCUGCCUGCGUACAUCUUCCCUUGGUUAAACUCGGUCUCUGUACCUUGCUUGGCUUCCAUGAAGGCUACCGGUGAAAAAGCUGCAGUGCUCACAAAUUCAUUUGGCGGUGCGACCAACAAUGAAGGGCUGGGGAUGUUAUCCCUAUCGUUCGAUUGGCAAUAUAUCACGUCUUCCCAAACCUCACUGCCACUAAUACUCCAGGCUCACAUGGCUAUUGGUUUGUUUUUGUGCAUGAUGGUCAUGUUAGCAAUCUACUACACCAACACAUGGGGAGCUAAGUCACAACCUUUCAUGUCUACACAACUCAGGUCACAGAGUGGCAAGAAGUAUCCCAUCUCCAAGGUCUUCGUCGGUGGGAUAUUGGACGAGGACGCUCUGCAGAAGUAUGGCAUUCCUCGUCUAACUGGAGAUUUCGCAUACGCCAUGUUCAUGGCAAACGCUGCUGCAAUAUGGGCAUAUGUCGUCUCGUUGAUAAGCGGAAUCAUCAUUGCACCAUUCGUAAGUGAUUACGACCAGAGAGGAAGAAACAGACUGACGUCGUCGGUUUCCAGANGUGCCCUGAUCUGCUCUCGCUUUGGCAACGGCAUUGCCACCAAUAACUUGUCCAAGAUGAUUGCCGGUCUGGCGCUCCCUGGCCGUCCCGUCGGCAAUAUGUAUUUCGCUGCCUGGUCCCAUAACGUGAUCAGUAACACUGUCAACCUUUGUAACGAUUUGAAGAUGGGUGAAUAUCUCUUCCAAUACNAGUUUGUCCCAAAGAUACGCAAGUUCUCGACCUACGAUAUCAAUAUGCCUCAAUUACUCGUCUACGCUGGUUACAUCCCAUACAAUCAAUCCCAGACGUGCGUCAUCCUGAGUCAACUGAUCGCUGGAUUCUACACUCAGUUCUAUUUGCGCAACUACAAGCCUCGCAUUUUCAAGGACUACUCGUACUUAGUUACUGGUGCUAUGGACGGUGCUAGCCUUCUGGCGCUGUUCAUUCUGUCCUUCGCAGUGUUUGGAGCUGCUGGAAGCCCAAAGCCUUUCCCGUGA